CGUUAUCUGAUUGGCUCCGUGCCCAGGCCGGCCAGGAUGACUUCCGGUGGAGUUGUGGAGUACGGCGCUGUCAUUUAACGAGGAAGAGGCGACUGGAGGAAACGAGCACUCCUCCCCCCACCUCCCCUGUUUUACCUUCACACACGGGACCGGAACCGGAUGAAAAGAGCCCCCCCCCCGGGAGGAGUGGUGAAGGCUGACCUCUGACCUCCAUCUCCAGCAAGGGUGUGGCCCCCACCUUCUUGAGGCUGACAGGGGCCCCAAGGGGUACAUGUGCCAAUUAUCUGCCUGUGGCCUCCCACUGAGCCCCAUUCUGAUUCGUCCCCUCCAUACAAGCUCUGCCCAUUCACUGCUGUGCUCUAUAGUGACCAUAUCCUCCAUGUAUAUGGCUUUAUUCUGAAUUCUACCCCUCCUCUGUGGAUGUGACCCCCCAUUCACUAUUAUCUAUAGAUCUGACCCCCCCCCCCUCCUUCCUCACAUCAACACCCCAUUGGGGGUAACACGGGGCCCCUGAGACUUGGGGGAGGCCAAUAAUCUGCUCUUUGUGCACAUCGGCCCCCGUUCGCAUUUUAAUCUUAACCCCAUCGCCCUGCCUCAUCUUUACCCCCCCCCACAAAUUGUAUUUUAUAUAUUGAUACAUUGUAUUUACAGAUCAGGCAUUAAUAAUCAAUCUUGCAUGCCAAUCUCCCCUCCAGCACACCGUACCCCUCAAUAGAUCAGACAGUAAUCGAUUCUCAAUGCCAGGCUCCUGCACCCCUCCAUAGCUCCCCAUGCCCUGCCUGGGCUGACACCGGGUGACCCCCCCUGGGAAGGGGGUGGUGUUCAUGCCAACAUUUUAUCAGAUUUAGUCUUUGAUUCAGAUGGGAUAAGUCACCAGACUACCAUCCGCCACUGUCAGUGCGAUUUGUGCCAUUUUUAUCCAUUGCUGGUCCAGAAAAAGGGGUUGGGGGGGGAGGUCACAGCUGGCAGGUGAUCUGACAUGAACAGUGGAAGUGACGGUGGCAUCAAGUGACCCGAGAGGAGACGAGAAGCAAAACCAUGGCGUCCGAAGAGGCCUCGCUGAGAGCCCUGGAGAGUCUUAUGACAGAAUUCUUUCACACAAGCACUUCCAAUGAACGGAAAAGAGAAAUUGAGGCUUUACUGAAUAAUUUUGCUCAGCAGCUUGGAGCCUGGAGGUUCUGCUUCUACUUCCUGUCCAGCUCACACAAUGAUUAUGUGUUGAUGUACAGCCUCAGCGUCUUUGAGAACUUGAUCAACAAGAUGUGGCUGGGUGUCCCUUCACAGGAGAAGAUGGAGAUCCGUAGCUCCUUGCCCAAACUUCUACUAUCCCAACACAAGAACCUCCCAGGAUUCAUCUGCAACAAGCUGUGCAAGGUCAUCGUGGAUAUGGGUAGACAGGACUGGCCAAUGUUCUACCAUGACUUUUUUACUAACAUCUUACAGCUAAUCCAGAGCCCUAGCACCACACCUCUGGGGCUCAUAAUGUUAAAGACUGCGUCUGAGGAGUUGGCGUGUCCUCGGGAGGACCUUAGUGUGGCCAGGAAAGAAGAACUUCGCAAACUGCUGCUGGAACAAGUGCCAACAGUGCUGGGGCUGCUAACGGGUGUGCUGGAGAGUAUCUGGGAUAAGAACAGUGUUACCACCGCCACGCCUCCACCUUCGCCCACCGCUUCAGACGCCGAUGACCUCCUCAGUAACCUCGUGCACACCCCUUCCUUGGCGAAGUCAUUGAGCCAACCCCCACCGAGCCUGGAGGCAGAGAGCGAGCGUAUCUGUGCCCUUGCCCUGGAGUGCCUCUCUCACCUCUUCAGCUGGAUCCCUCUUUCCGCCAGCAUCACCCCUUCACUCCUCACCACCAUCUUUCACUUUGCUCGCCUGGGUUGUGAUGCCCGCUCGCGAAGGACUCCUGCUGUUACUACCACCUCUUCUGCCACUCUAAAUGGCGGGAGCAGCAGCCCUCCUCUUCCCUUUACACUGCCCAGCUCACAGACUGACCGUGACCGGCUGGGGGUGUUGGCGAUGUCUUGUAUUAAUGAACUCAUGUGCAAGAACUGUGUUCCCCUGGAGUUCCAGGAAUACCUGUUACGAGUGUGCCAGCAGACCUUCUAUCUCCUGCAGAGGAUUACACGGGAGACGAACGCUCACAGUGUGCGCAACCGCCUGGAGGAGCUGGAUGAGAGUUACGUUGAAAAGUUUACAGACUUCCUACGGCUUUUUGUCAGUGUCCACCUGCGAAGGAUAGAAUCUAAUGCUCAGUUUCCAGUUGUGGAGUUCCUGUCACUACUGUUCAAAUACACCUUUCACCAGCCCACCCAUGAAGGUUAUCUCUCAUGUCUCGAUAUCUGGGCUCUCUUUCUGGAUUAUCUGACCAACAAAAUACGAAACCGGUUAGAAGACAGAGAGACCAUGAUAAACAGGUACGAAGACGCUCUGGUGCUGCUACUGACGGAGGUCCUGAACCGAAUCCAAUUCCGCUACAACCAGACACAGCUGGAGGAGCUUGAUGACGAGACCCUGGAUGAUGAUCAGCAGACAGAGUGGCAAAGGUAUCUGCGACACAGCCUGGAAGUUGUAGCCAAAAUCAUGGAGCUGCUCCCUACACAUGCCUUCUCCACACUGUUUUCUGCUCUGCAGGAGAACCUCAAUGUUUAUCUUGGUCUUCAGCAAUGUAUAGUGAACACUGGACCAGGACAGCGUCUUAAUGUGACUGCAGAGAACGACUGCCGGAGGUUACACUGCUCGUUGCGGGACCUCAGCUCGCUCCUGCAGGCGGUGGGGAGACUUGCAGAGUAUUUUAUCGGGGAUGUGUUUGAGGCACGCUUCAAUGAUGCUCUCACUGUAGUGGAACGGUUGGUCAAGGUUACUUUAUAUGGUUCCCAGAUUAAACUAUACAACAUGGAGACUGCAGUGCCAUCCGUGCUAAAGCCAGACCUUGUAGAUGUACAUGCCCAAUCGUUGGCUGCGUUGCAAGCUUAUUCGCACUGGCUUGCUCGUUUCUACGGUGAGGUCCAGCGUCAAAACCCGGAACAAUUCAUCUCCAUUAUCUCCACAGCAAUGGAAGCCCUGCCCCCUCUAAUCAGCUCAAAGGUACAAGAGAAGUUGCUGCUGUCCGCGUGUCAUCUUCUGGUCUCCGUGGCCACCACCGUGCGGCCUGUGUUCCUCCUCAACAUUCCCGCCGUCCAGAAAGUGUUCAGCCGUGUGACAGACACCGCCGCCCAGAGACUGCCGGAGGAGGCCCAGGUGCUGCUCUGUCGUGCUCUGUCUAAUGUCCUCCUCCUCCCGUGGCCAAACGUCAGCGAGCCUGAACAGCAGUGGGGAGAGCGAUCGAAUCACCACACCACCCUACUGAGCUCUCUGACCAAAGACUACCGUGAGCUGAAGGGUUCCACACCUUCUCAGAGGAAGGGCCAGCUGGAAGCCACUAAGCGUGUCAUCUGUCAGACAUUGGGUGUGCUGAGGGAUAUCGUGGAGAAUAUCUCCAGUGAGGGCACCAAGUCCCGGCAGAUCUGUUACCAGUCCAUGCAGGAGGCAGCCCAGCUUUCACUCACCCUCUUCCCAGUGUACAUCCACCAGUCUGAUGUGACCGAGGAAAUGCUGAGCUUCUUCUUGGCUUUGAUUCAAGGACUUCGGGUACAAAUGGGAGUUCCAUUCACUGAGCAAAUUAUACAAACCUUCCUCAACAUGUUCACCAGGCAACAGCUGGCAGAAAGUAUCCUGCAGGAGGGCAGCGCAGGGUGCCACGUGGUGGAGAAGUUUCUUAAGAUCCUGCAAGUUGUAGUGCAGGAACCCGGCCAGGCCUUUAAGCCGUUCCUGCCAAGUAUACUGUCGCUGUGCAUGGAGCAGCUUUACCCCAUUAUCGCUGAGCGCCCCUCCCCAGAUGUGAAGGCCGAACUGUUUGAACUAUUAUUCCAGCUUUUACAUCACAACUGGAGGUAUUUCUAUCGCUCUUCUGUCCUGGCCAGCGUGCAUCGUGAUGGCGCCGAUGAGCCAAUGGAGAAUCAGGCUCAGUUUAUUGCAGUGAUGCAGGCAUUUGGACAGUCUUUCCUGCAGCCUGACAUACAUUUAUUCAAACAAAAUCUCAGCUAUCUGGAGACCCUAAACAGCAAACACAAACUGUACCACAAGAAGCUCUUCCGGGCCAUGAUGCUGCCACAGUUUGUCAGCGUUCUGCUCCAGGUUCUCAUUCACAAGUCCCAUGACCUCCUGCAGGAGGAGAUUGGCAUAGCGGUCUAUAACAUGGCAUCCGUGGACUUCAGCACCUUCUUCUCUGCCUUCUUACCAGAGUUUUUAACUGGCUGCCAGGGCCUGGACACCAACCAGAAGAAUGUCCUAGGCCGAAACUUCAAGAUGGAACGGGACCUGCCAUCGUUUACUCAGAGCGUCCAUCGCUUGGUCAAUGACUUGCGAUAUUACAGACUGUGCAACGACAGCCUGCCCCCGGGAACUGUGAAGCUGUGACAGACAAGAGCCCCCCCCUUCCCGCACCUGUCUGCAAUGAUGGUCUUAACCGCUACAGAUGUGAACCCGCUACUCCACUCAUCCUCUCGUUAUGUUUUUAAACCUUCGAAAUGGUUUUUAGCACUUUUCUCUCCAAGAGAUUUCAGUGCCUCCUCCCCCCUGUUGACUCCAAUUAAUCCCUUUGUGUAAAGGGGUGUUAUCGAUCCCUGUGUUCAGGGGGUCCGGGGAAAGUCCCGGUAUUUUAACUGUUCUAAUGUUCAAUUUCGCAAACCUUCAAUAUCAUUCCCUGCUACAGAGAAUGCGUUUGGGCCAGUCGGCCUCGACAGACUGAAUUCUGGAUUUAAGAAAAAAAAAACAUUUUAGGCCACUUAUCUGCACAAGUCAGUUGAAGUACACACACUUUAUUAUGUAUUGUUUUUAUAUAUUUUUUGCGUCUUUUUGUUAUCAUUCCAUUGUGAAAUUGAAACAUUGCUUCUGGCAAAUAAAAAGAAUGCCUUGUUUAGA